CUAAAGUGAACAUUCCUCUCCACAGGCAACAACUUCCGCUGCGACACCCGCCUGAGCUGGAUGUUCCGCCUGCACAACACCACCAGAAGCCACAACGUCCGCAUGAACCUCGAGUCCGUCAUCUGCUACUUGGAGGCCGGCACGCUCCCCCCGAGGCUCGACGACCAAACCGUCACGCCCGCUUACGAGACCACGACCCUCGGCAUCGGCCCGAUGGUGAAGCUGUUCGCGCUGCGCGAGUCGGAGCUGCCCGACCCCAUGACGCGCUGGAUGCAGACGGCCGAGCCCGACUGCGACGAGGAGGCGCAGGAGAAGGAGAACGAGGCUGAGGACGCCGACGACCAGCAGAAGAGGCGCGGCCGCGGUCGCAAGAGCAAGAAGGUGCAGAAGAGCAAGGCGCAGAACGACAUGGCUCCCGUGGCGGCCGAGGAGCACCCGCAGGACAGCGCCAAGGUCGUGAUCGACCCCCCCGCCCCCGUGCAGGAGGAGUCCCGUGCCUACGAUUCCGGCGCCAGCUCCCCGCGCGCCGCGGUGGCCCCGCUCCUGGCACUCUGCUUGGCACUACUCUACGCACGUCCACACUGAGAUCUAUUGCGGAGGAUUAGGUCAUUAGGUUUUUAAUGUCUGAAGUGAUAUUGGAAACAACUCUUUUGGGGGGAAGUUUUUCGCCCGCUGACAUCUAACAUAUUAAUGAUAUUUUUCUUUUCCUAUGAAUUUGACAGACAUGUUGCAUCGCAUUCUGACUUGUAUAAAAAAUAAAAAAUAAAACUUAUUGCGCAGAAUGUAGAAGAAAAAGAAUAAAGAGGAAAAUCAAUCUGUGGAAUGCAACAGGAAUUCUCAUCAUGGACGUGCCAAAGUUUAUGUUGUUAAACAAAAGAAAAAAAAAGCUAAGUUUAUGAUAACCCAUAAGAUGAAAGUGCUUCAGGAUUUUUUUAUUAUUAUUUUUGGGUAUAAGUGUUGUCUCAAAACCUCCCUCAUAAGUUGCUGUGUCCCUCUGCCUUACUCCCUUAACCUGUAAACCUCAGCUAAAGUAAUGUUUGGUCUAUGAAACAAUACCUUUGCCAGUUCACGUGCUCUUUUGUACAUUGAUAGAAGAAAGUAUACAAUCACUGUAC